AUGGUGUUCAGACGAAUCUUGGCCGCGAGCGCCCUCGUGGCCAGCUCCACAGCACAGUUUGCACAGUUCACAUCAAGUGAGGGCUUUGGCCUAGCUGUCAAUGUACCUGAGAACACUGCUUCCACUGGAAGCGGCUCAGUUUAUUUCCAAAUCAGUGCUCCCAAGGGCACAGAAUGGAUAGGGUUUGGCCAAGGUUCUCGUAUGUCUGGCGCGAAUAUGUUCAUUGUCUAUUCGGCAGACAGCACCAAUGUCACUGUAUCACCCAGACUCGGUACUGGUCAUGUUGAGCCCAAACUUAAUUCUGAUGCAUCGAUAUUCGUGCUCGAAGGUACCGGCAUCACUGACGAUGGGUCCAUGGUCGCUAAUGUUCGAUGUGACUCGUGUUUAAGCUGGAGUGGCGGCAGCAUGGAUGCGACUAGCUCCUCCAGCAGCUGGAUAUAUGCCUAUAAGAACGGCAACGCGCUUGACACAACUAGCACCGACGCUUCUAUAUCAGAGCAUGAUGGAACUGGCACCUUGUCGUUGGAUUUGACCUCAGGAACAGGUGGAAACUCUGCCAAUCCCUUUGUUGCAGCAGUCAGUAAUCCGUCCGCCUCUGAGAGUUCAGCAGCAACAAAUAGUGCUUCCCAGACUGGUGCUUCGCAAACUGUGUCUCAAACAUCGGCCACGACUACCCCUACCAUCAGUGGAGGAGUCAGCGGACCUCUGGCGAGCUCCAACCCCUCAUCCUCAGGUUCAAGCCAGAGCACCACACCUAACGACUCCUAUCGCUCCGGCCACGCCGCUGUCAUGUCAUUGGCAUUCGUCGUCAUGUUUCCCCUGGCCUCCUUGACCAUCUAUCUACCCCACGCCGAGAAAGUCAGGUUCAUACACGCACCACUACAAGUAGUCAGCAUCAUCUUAAUGAUUGUUGGACUUGGCCUUGGUGUGCAAUUAGCGAAACAAGUCAGUUUGCUCGAUGGGUACCAUCAGAUCAUUGGCUACAUCAUUUUUGCCUGGAUGGCAGUUGCCCAACCCGCCUUGGGUCUCGCUCAACAUGUGCACUUCCGCAAAAAUGGCACGCGCAGCCCCAUGGGCAGUGGUCACCGUUGGCUGGGUCGUAUCAUGAUUGCAUUCGGCAUCGUUAACGGCGGACUGGGCUUUCAUCAGACUGGCCCGGUGGGCAGUCGCUACGUUCCCCGAUACGCCGUCAUUGUGUACAGCAUCGUCGCGGUAGUUGUAUUCAUCAUCUACAUGGCCGUCAUCCUGCUUUCCACCUUCAGGAGCAAACGAUCUGGUAGCCUACCGGGCGAGAAAUCUCGACCAGCAACUCAAGGUUAUGAAAUGCACGGGAGAUCUUUCGAGAACCAAAGGCUGUAA